AGCUAAUUAUAGCAUUUUUAUUCUGGUGUUCAGAUCGAUUGUGAUGUUUAGACAGAAUGUUUUUCUCUUAAUGAAGUGAUAGAUUUAUUCGGAAUUGUUUAUAUAAUUUGGAAACUUGUAGUAAUAUGGAAUGGAUUAAAAUCAAGUGCACUUAGUUUACUUUAUUAAUGUUGUUGUGAGACUAAAUUAUCUUCUAAUAUGGGAACAUCGAAGAGUAUUCCAAUGGUUAGCCAACCACGCGACAAAAUAGUUGUCGUCACAGGUGCAAAUACAGGUGUUGGAUAUGAAACUGCCAAAUUUAUAGCAAUGAUGGGAGCACAUGUUGUCCUAGCAUGUAGAUCAGAAGAAAAGGCCAGAGAUGCAAUGAGAAGAAUGAAUGAAGAAUUUCAAACAGAAAAACAAUUACGGGCAGACAAUGUAAUAACGGAUGAUGAGUUAGAUAUAGAAUUUAUGAAACUUGAUUUAGCAUCUCUGAAGUCAACCAAAGCAUUUAUAGACAAUUUCAAAGCAAAACAUAAAAAGUUGAAUUUGUUGAUAUGUAAUGCAGGGAUUUACUCUUCACAUCAAGUCACAACCGAAGACAAUUUUGAUUUAACUUAUCAGGUGAACUAUUUGUCUCAUUUCCUUAUUGUUGCGCAUCUUCUUCCUACUAUGAAAGUCUCUGGAAACGACUGUCGUAUCAUACUUGUAUCUGGUGAGGCUCACAAAAAAGCUAAAGGCUUCGAUCCUGACUAUGCGGCUGGCAAAAUUCCUCAUAAUUAUGAUGGUUACAGAAUGUUUGCAAAAACAAAAUUAUAUCAAAUUAUGCAAAUGUAUUCUAUAGACAAAGUGAUAGAGAAGACAUCAAUUGAAAUCUGUUGCGUUCAUCCGGGUUCUUUAGUAAAUACUAAAUUUUGGGAAGAAGAUGAUAGUUGUUCUUUUUGUUGUUGGAAAUGCUGCCGUACCUGCUUGUGUCAAGUGAAGGCACCUCACGCUGGGGCCGCAACCUCUAUUUAUGCUGCAAUUACUCCGGAUUUAGAAGGUAUAAGUAGAGCAUAUUAUACACAGUCAAAAUCAGCUCCAAGAUGGCCAAGUUCUGACUCCAGGAGCGAAGAUAUGCAAACUUACUUGUUUGAAUCAACAAAAGAACUUUUAAAAUCUUAUCUCACAUCAGAAAUAUUGCGAGAACUAGAACUUACGCCAAAAAUUACAAAAACAGAACAUUAAAAUAAAUUGUUAUCAUCCUCCUAACAUAAAAGGUUCAUAUCAUGUUUACUAUUUAGUAACACGGAAUUUUCUGUGAAUACCCUUCAAUUACUUCGCACUGCAUUAUUCUAUCAUGAAUAUUGCUCUCUGUUGCUUUUUUACAAAUCAAUUAAACGAGACAAUAGACUAGCAAAAAACUAAAAAGAAACAAAAAAAAAUCCACUUGAUGUAACGGUGUUAGAACAAAUAUAAAAAAGAAGAUGUGGUAUGAUUUUCAAUGAGACAACUGUCCACAAGAAACCAAAAUGACACAAACAUUAACAAAUAUAGAUCACCGUACGGCUUUUAACAAUGAGCAAAGCCCAUACCGCAUAGUCAGCUAUAAAAGGCCCCGAUAUGACAAAAAUGUAAAACAAUUCAAACGAGAAAACAAACGGCCUUAUUUAUAUAAUAAAAUGAACAAAAAACAAAUAUGUAACAAACAAACGACAACCACUGAAUUACAGGCUCCAAUAGUAUCAUCCGCCCAGUCAACAGUGGACCGUCAGUCACCGAGAGUAUCAUCAGCCAGAUCGAUAGCGCGUUGGUCACCAAUAAUAUCAUCCGCCCAGUCAUCAGUGGACCUUCAGUUACCAAUAGUAUCAUCCGCCCAUUCGACAGUUGACCGUCAGUCACCGAGAGUAUCUUCCGACCAGUCGACAGUGGACGUACCGUCAGUCACCGAUAGUAUCACCAGCCAGGUCGAUAGUGCGCUGGUCAUCGAUAGUAUCAUCCGCCCAGUCGACAGUUGACCGUCAGUCACCGAGAGUAUCUUCCGGCCAGUCGACAGUGGACGUACCGUCAGUCACCGAUAGUUUCAUCAGCCAGGUCGAUAGUGCGCUGGUCAUCGAUAGUAUCAUCCGCCCAGUCGACAGUUGACCGCCAGUCACCGAGAGUAUCUUCUUGCCAGUCGACAGUGGACGUACCGUCAGUCACUGAUAGUAUCACCAGCCAGGUCGAUAGUGCGCUGGUCAUCGAUAGUAGCAUCCGCCCAGUCGACAGUGGACCGUCAGUCACCGAGAGUAUCUUCCUGCCAGUCGACAAUGGACAGUCAGUCACCGAUUAUAUCAUCCGCCCAAUCGACAGUGGGCUUUCAGUCACCGGUAGAAUCAACUGCCCACACGACAAUGCUUCGGUAAUUGCAUGAUUUAAGGGAUAAAGCUAGUCUGAAAAUUUUCAGCUUAUAAAAAGAAUAUUUUUGUGUAAAGUUUAAAUUGCAAUUUACUAGGGAAAAGUGACAUAAAGUACGGAGUUGUGGUACACUUGAAAAUGAAACAACUACCAAAAAGAGUCAAAAUGGCAUGUAUGUCAGGAACUAGAUGCUAUAAUAUGACAGUGUACGGCACAUUGAUAAUGAGCAAUAUUCGUACCAUAUUUGUGGCUAUUAAAGUCGUCGGCAUGACAAAAUACGAUCAAUAGUAUGGUUUUGUUUGUACUGUUGGCUCUCGUAAAUUUAUAUUUUUUAAGCUUUUUCAAUUUUUGUUCUAAAAUCUAAACCUGAUGAAUAUUUUUCGAGGAAUACAGAUUGAGUGCACAACAACAAACAACAACUACUGAAUUUCUGACAGGCAUAUACAUGUUGCGGUGUUAAACCUGUUCGCGGGGUACCGAUCCUUCCCUAAUCUGGUACAGUACAACAUAAGAACGAACUAUAAAAAUCAAUUGAAAACGACUCAUCAGGUAGAUAAAUAAAGAAAAACAUCAAACAAAAAUAAGAGUGGAUGUGACCGGGUACUUGUACAAAAAAAGAGACACUAAGUACAAAUCUGAGCUCCAGAGUACUCACAGUUACUCACAGCUACAUUUAGUUCAAAGCCAAUAACCACUCUUGAAACAAAUCAUGCAUUUAAGACUAAGCAUUUUCAGUUAUUAUACGGCACAUAAUGUCAACAUUGAAAGGUGUUCAGGGGCCAAAGCGUUCUUCCACAGUUCAAACCAUAUUUUACACUUUUUUAAAUCUUUGACGUGAAAUAAACUAUGGAAGAUCUAGAAAAAUCACUAAGUUUCCAAUGUACGUGCUUUUCCGAGUAUUUGUAUAAACAUACGUGACUGUUUAUGAUGUCCUGUGCUGUCGUUAAUGGGAAAGUUCCGUUAUUAUUCUGCGGUUUAAAUGUUGUAAUGUACUAUUAAAUUAUUUGUUUUUACUUUUCA